AUGGCUGAAGACUAUAGUCGCAUUGACCCGACCUCUGUCGACGCGACCAACGACGUGACCGGAGCACUUCCCGAGCUUAACCCUCAGGAUCCCGCUACCGCUUCCGUAGACAUUUCUACAGACACUCCCUUGUCUAAGAAGGAAAAUCUCCCGCCCGUACUCCUUCGCACGCCACCAGAUGAUAGUAGCUUUGUCGAUACCACACGGCUUGACCACGAUGAUAAGCACCUCGAUUCGGUCACCGAGGAGCAGCAAGUCAGAGCUCAUCUAGAAGAUGUCGAAUCUAGUUUUUUACCUCCUUUUUCGCCCAGUCGACUUGGUAGUCCUGAGAAAGGUAUCGACGACACAUACCUAUUCGAUGCUACGAAGAAGAAUCCUCCGGCAUCCGCGCCUUUCUUAUCGCCUUCUUUUACUCCUGCCCCCGCAUCCAAUACAAUACCCCAACCAUCUCAACCGUCCGAUUUGCACGACCAGCCCGAUUCGCAUCCUGAUAUACUCACCGACUCGACCCCCGCUAAGACCGACCAUGACAUAACAAGCCAGACACCAGAUCACAGCCCCCUUCCCUUACGCGACCACGAUGAUUCUAACGCCGUCGAAAUUGGCAAUACUACCUCUGCGCUGGAGAACCUAUCCUCACCGACGACUGCUGCCACGGCUCGUAGCGUAUCAAGAGCUAUAUCCGUAGCUAGCAGACGUACCAAUGAGGAGAUGCCGAGCGGAAAUGAUGAUCGCGAUACUCUAUCACACAGUAAUUUGGUACUUGGCGUGCCGAGAGAGAGUUCGCUCUCCAGAUCUUCGAGUCUCCACCAGCAAACCUCUAAUCAGGACUUGAGUAAACUACCGGGCGACAAUGGCAGCACACCGUCGAUUUCUCUUCCGGUUGGCACGCGUCCCAGGUUCCUUCGCAGUAGGAACGGUAGUCAGCGUUCUUCAACUUCGUCCUUCCUCAGUAAUGAAGAUAUCGAAAGCGAUGCUACGGUCGGAUUAGGUGCUGACUAUGCCCUCCAGUCAGGAGGUGCUUUGCCUGCCUUUGGCUUAACGCGGAGCGCUAGCAAUACUUUAUCUCGCUCCGUAAGUAUCGGUAGUAUGGCGUCCGGGUUUGACGAGUCGCCGGACCCCACUCGACCGGAUGCUCUAGAGCCUCUGGAAGAAGUUGAGAGUCCUAUGCCUGACCGUCGUAUCGACCUGCUUGCAACUCCGAAGCCGAGGAAGGGUCCUCUAAUGGCACCUACUGAUACGGUCAUUGCUAGACACGUCCGCAACGUGGAGGUACCCGAAUCUCUGGCCAAGGAGUAUAAGACGAAAGGUGGCCUGGCAACACCGAUACAACAACCCUAUAGGAAGGUUUCGAGUCUGUCUAGCUAUACGCCCGCAAAUAUUAGCACCACCACCACCACUACCACCAAUACUCGUGGCGGCAAAAAUCUUACUCUUAAAGAACAGUCUAGCACGAUUGAGCGCCUGUCUAAGGAAAACUUUGAUCUUAAACUCAAGGUCAUGUUCCUUUCUGAUCGUCUUGACAAACUCUCCGAAGAAGGUAUUAAGGAAAUGAUCUCAGAGAAUGUUGAGCUUAAGACGUCAUUAGCUGUUAUUCAGCGAGACAAUAAGAUCCUUAGGCGGCGUGUAAAAGAGUUAGAAAAGCGUCUUCGCGACGAAGAGGAUCGACCAAGCACUGCGAGGAGCGGAUAUUCCUCGGACGGGCCAACGACACCGGCUUUCGAUCCUGAUGCACAAGAACGGGAAGAGGAGCUAUUAUAUCUGAGGGAGCGCGUCGAGGAAUAUGUAACCGAGAUAGAGAGGCUCAGAAACGAGAACAUGGCUAGCCAGGCCGAAAAAAGGAAACUAGCCGAAACGGUUAAGUCUAUGGGAGACCGCGCCGGUGAGCGCGUCGGCGAAAGUCUAGGCCGCCAGGAGGAAGCUGACGUAUACAAAGAUCUCCUCGAGCAAGAAACGGCUCGUCGCGAGCAGGCGGAUGAUGAUAACCGGAGACUGCGAGAUGAGUUGUUCCGGAUAAAACAGGAGAUUAAUGGAACGGCUGCCCCAGGCGGUAUGCACCACACAACAAAUAUAUAUAAUAUCACGCGGAAGGCCAAGCCAACAUCACCGUCAAGAUCGCGUCCCGUCUCUGGCCUGUCCGGGGAGAUAGAUCCUACCACCGCGUCUAGCCAGUCCGCAACCCUGGUCGAUGAACUCCGCAGAGAAAGUGAACAGCUACGUCACGAGAACGCUGAGCUGCGGAGAGAAGUCGGCGCGCAGACUUCCAUGUUGACAUCCCGUAACCGUGAGAAGGAGAGGCUUUACCAGGAGAUUGAAGACCUCAAACUAGCUCAACGUCGCGGAGGUCCAGCGACUUCAACUAUCGAUAGCCUUCUUGACCGAUCGGCGUCGCGUGUGGGUGGGCAUGAACGCUCGGCUUCCCGGGGGAGUGGCCGUACGAGGCUCACUAUGACGGUAGAAGAGGACCCCGACCGCGAAGAAUUAGAAAAUAAGCUUGCCGAACACCGCGACAGGAUUAACGAGCUCAAGUUUGAAAAGCAAGAGCUCCAACGCGAAUUACAGACGUGUAUGCAGGAGUUGGAUAAUGUCAGCGAGUCUAAGAGACAGCUUGAAGAUCACAACGGGGCUCUGGAAGAGGAGCUCCAAAAUACGACGAAUGAUCUGUUACAGAUACAAGGGGAGCGGGAUGAGGUUUUACAGGAACAUUCUGAUCUCCAGGCCGAAUUCGACAACCUACGGAAAGAGGCCCAAGAGGAAAUUGAUUCCUUGGAGGCCGAGAGUGACCAGAAGACCGAAGAAAUCCAACGGUUGCAGAUUGAGCUGCAAGACCGAUCAGAGAAUUUCGACGCCCUUCAGGAGGAGAUGCGCCAGAUGAGCGAGGCGUUGAUAAGACUAGAGGAUGAACAGGAGAAGAAACUAAGAAGAAUAGAACAGCUGGAGCAGGAACUUGCCGAGUCUAACAAGGAAUCCGAAGAUCUCGAGGUUAAACUUCUCGAGUCGAACGAUAAGGCGCAGCGUCUCGGGGUUCAGCAGGAAUCUAGCCAGGGCGAGAUCGCAUUUUUACGCGAGGAGCAAGAAGCGGAUAAGAUUCGAAUAGGCGAUCUCGAAGCAGCGCUCGCUAAUGCCGAGCAGGGUCUUAGAGAGGAGCGCGAUCGGACUAAGGAGUUGGAGCAGCGGCUGGCCAACGAGCGGCAGCAGCGCGAGAUCGUAGCGGGACGCGAGAAAGAAGAGGUUCAGCAAUUCGUUAACGAGCUUAAUCGCGAAGUUUCAACCGCUAAAGACGAGGCUAGGAGGCUCCGUAAGAGCUUGACAAGUAGGGAGGUUGAGGCUACAGAAUGGAAAGAGAGGCUUAUGGAGCUAGAGAACAAUCUCCGGGAGGCUUUGGGCGACCUGAAUGGAACCAGGUCUAGCCUUCUGAAGUCCAUCGCCAAGCUCCAAAGAGAGCUCGAAAACACGGUCCGGGAGCUUGACGCUGCGAAGAAUUCUAUGCUGGAAAAGGAUCGCAUAAUUAAGCAGCGUGAUGCCCUUCUCGAGUCUCACGGACUCGAAUCCCGGAGGCUAGGCGAGAUGCUCGAUAAGGAGCGGCAAGCUCACCGCAAUACAAAAAAUCAAUUCGAAACAUUUCAGCGCACGCACCAGCACGUAUCACGGACCGUCACCAGCCAGGAUUCACGUAUCUUAGAGCUCGAGACCAACCGUGCAGCAGACAAGAAGAAGAUAGCGCAGCUCGAAGUUUCGUUUAAGGAACAGUUAAACGAGCGUAAUAAUCUACUGCUGGUCUUGUGGACGCGCCUUUCAGCGCUCUGUGGUACCGAUUGGGCCCAUAAUAAUAGCCUCAUCAACGGACGCGCCUUACCCUCACUAGAGUCUAUAUCUACGAUGCUCCAUGGCUUUGCUAAGAACCUAAUGAGCGCCGUUAAGACCAUCGAGGGCAUAGUAGGCAAUUUCCAAUCUCGCAUAAAAUCGGUCGAGCGUGAGCUAUGGAAAGAAUACCAGUCUCUUGAAAGCAACCUCGACGCUAAGUCUAAGAAACUUGAACGUCUCGAGACCAUCGUUCGCACCGGAAUUGCAGCCGGCCACUUCGAUGCGCAUGCUAAAAUAUCUCAGCUAGAGACUGCAUACCGGGCCCUCAAAAUCGAGAACGCUACUUUACAGCGUGCUAACGACGCGCGCACUCGCGGAGCCGGUUGGACGGGGCCUAAGAAGACCAGUAGCAAGAGCUCGCGCGAGGACCUGAUUGAUAGAGGUAGCCCUUCACCGACUGUUCCGACUGGGCCGCAUCACCGAGAAUCAAAACUCCCGCGCAGCAAGACAACUCACUUAGAAACGCCCAGCUCGAGCACUAAGAGCGGACCGGGCAGCAUGUCUCGGAGCGCCUCUACUAUGGGUGCGUCCGAUAUAGAGCGGCUAGGUACUUCUAACGGCGAUAGCUCUUCUGGAAAGAACGGCGACGACAACCGGUGGAUGUUCAGGCUGCGGGAGCUUGAGUAUAAGCUCAAGAUGGAAAGAGAAGCCAGACAUAUGGACCGAGCGUCGGCCAGACAGAGAAUACAGGAUAGCGAGCGACAGAAUAAUGAGCUUGCUGCCGAAUUAGUACGAGCGAAGAGGAGAGGUAACGGAGAGUAG